AUGGUGGUUCUGCUUGCUUCCAGAUUAAUAACCAUCCAACUUAAUGUUAAAAUCUUCUGUGUACUGCUCAUAUGCAAUAUCCGUCUCUUGGCCAUCACAGACUUCAGUAGGCCAAUCGAUGUUGCUGAAUCCACCAUUGGGAGGCUUGACGCAGCCCUGGUCGCAGCCAAGACAAAUCCACCUGUUUGCCUCAUCUAUGGGGCCGCAUGGGUCGAUACAGUCAAGGUAGCAGUUAAGAUUUGUGCGGAGCCGCAAAAGUUCGGUGGUUUGAUGGUUUUGUUGGCCGCUUUGGGUGUUGUUGAGGACUUCUGUGGUGAGAUCUGUUUCACCGCCGUGGCGGGGGUUAAAACGAAUGCUUUGGCCGUUGUAGCCUAUGGCAGUGGUCUAUUGGACGUAGGUUGCAAGAAGAGUAAUAAAAGCUGA